GGUGCAACUGCUGCAUGUGCAGCGAACUGCGCAAGCACCACACCCCUGGAGCUGUUUUAACUUCUCUUUGUCCCCGAACACACAAUUCAUCCCUCCUUCAACUCGGUUCAAGUGUUUGUCCUAACUUUCAUCCAUUGCCGUGUAAAUAUUCUUACAUGGGACAUCAAUCGCGACUCUGUGCCACAGAUCUUUUGGACCAUUAUCCACCUACCCUAUAUCACUCGGCACAGCACCUUCAACCAUGGGCAAGAACGACAGCGUCCCUGACGCCUGGGAUGAUGAUUGGGAAUCUUUAGCGGACCGUGCGGCCGAAGGACGACCAUCGCCAGAGCCAGAGAAGGAAGUUAAAAUGACAAAGGCAGAAAGAUUAGCUAUGCACGCCGAGGCACAGCGGAAGCUAUGGGAAGCAGCGGAAUCGGAAAAGGAGAUCAAUUUUCUCGCGGCGACCAGCUCGGUGCCCCUUACUACGCCUUUCAAGCCAGCCAUGAAGGUCCUCAGCCGCAGACCGGUAAUUGCGAAAAGAGAUCCGGUGACUGGACUAGAGCGAUUAACGCUACAGGACGACGAGGACGAUGACGAGGACAAGAGCAAAAAGCAAGAGACGCCAGAAGAGAUCCGGAUGCGUCAACAACGAGAAUUGGAGGAAAAGCAACGGCGAUACGAGGAGGCACGAGCGAAGAUCUUUGGCGAAGCAAGUCCUUCCUCCGGAUUGUCAACACCCGGAAGCGUUACGCCGCCGAAGGAGACCGACAAGGCCGACAGGCCCCGCAGCGACAGACAAAACCACAAGCGAGGAAGAGGACGCGGAGAGAGCUGUUCGACCCAAACUAUUCGGCAAAGCCAGGCUCAAGCGGCCAGAGGCGGUCCGGAGAGGCCUCUCCGAACCUUAGCACAUCAAAUUCUCGGCGGGAUGAAGAUCAAGUCAUCAGGGCACCGAGAGGCCCAGAUAACAGUGGAAGAGCAGGAUUUGGGUUCGCUCGUCGUGGAGGCCAAGCGGGAUGAGUUCUAUUAUUCAUAUUGA